AUGGGAAUUGAGCCAGAUGAGUUGGAGUGGCGUGGACCAGAGGGGCGGAUGGUUUCUAAAGAGGUCAAUGGUUUAGACUCUCUGAAGGAGAGUCUCCUUCCUUCCAGACUCCGCCACUUUGACAGGGAGCUUGAGGAUAUAUGGGACGAGAAGAAGAUCAGUCGUGGUACAACCCUAGAGAGCUGGUAGAUUUACUUCCCGGGGCCAGACUGAGCAACUCUGGUGGGAAGAACAUUUUGCUCUUCUGGGACGUCAUCAAGGGGGAUCGUCUUGAGAUUUGCUGUGCGGAAAUCUCUUUGGAGAAACGCCAAGGAGGCGAGAUGUGGGGGAAUGUCGUGUGGUCUAACGCUGUCAUGACCGUUGAUCCUUUCCUAGAUCACUACAAGGUUUUGCAUUCUGUUUCUGUCACCCUUUAAAACCUCUCAAAAUUCUUCUUCUAAUCCAUUAGUCAUUACUUAGUUGUUUGAGCUUCUCGUCUGUUACUCGUUACUCGUUCCUUUUCCCUUUCUAAUAGUUUGAUGAAUUGUUUAUGUGAGAUCGAGUUCCUGGUCCACUGUGUAAAUAUAUUUUCUUUUUCUUAUAAUGUUCGUGUCUCAUACUUCACUGUAAAUGUAAUAAUCUGAGUAAUAAUAACACAAAAUUGAAGAUCAA